AUAUUUAAAUACUAAAUAUGAAUAUUUUUUUCAUUAAACAUUAGUUCAUUAUAUUUUAUAUAUAUAUAUAUAUAUAUAUAUAUAUUAUAAGAGACUAAUAUAACCCCUAGACAAAUUCUGGUUGGCCUAAUUAUAUGUUCUCUCUUUACACACACAAGAUUCAAUAACUCGUCAAGAUGAAGUAAACAUGACCAGAGGUAAAUACCACCACAUGAUGUGUCUCUCUCCCAUUGGCCUUUCAGAAAGAAGGAAACAUUAUCCUUCCAAGUAGUUCCAACCAGUUUAUAGUGACAUACAUAGGAGUAAAUUGAAUACACAAUCUCGAUCAGUUUCUGUCUCCUUCUUUUUUCUUGGUGUCUGAUAAUUGGUUCCGUUCACUAAUUGCCCAAUAUCAUUACUCUAACACUCAAAAGUUUAAUAACACUCAAAAGUUUAAUAACACUACGUAACGAAGAAAGAAACAUUACCCUUCUAAACCAGUAGUACUAUAUAUUGAGUGUGUCCACACACAAUAUUGCAUACACAAGAAUCUCACCCCCACAGUUUCUGGCACCAACAUGGAUCAAGAGACCGAACCACAACCUCUGACCUCAAAGAUCUCAACAGUUGUACCAGCAACCCCGCGAGGCGACGAGGACGGCGCGUACCACCUCAGCAACAUGGACCUGCUCAUGAAGCUGCACUACAUCAGAGCCGUUUAUUUCUUCAUCAACGACGCAGCGCAAGGGCUCUCGAUUUAUGACCUCAAGAAACCCAUGUUCCCGCUCCUCGACCAGGUCGUGCAACUCUCGGGUCGGAUCCGGGUUUCUGAAUCGGGUCGGCCCUUCUUGAAGUGCAACGAUGCUGGUGUUCGCAUCGCUGAGUACCACCACGACCACACCCUUGGGGAGUGGUUUCAGAAAAAUGGGUGCUCCCUUCAAGGUCUCGUCCAUGAUCAUGUUCUUGGCCCUGACCUUGGCUUCUCUCCUUUGGUUUUUGUCAAGUUCACUUGGUUCAAAUGUGGAGGGCUCUCUCUAGGACUCAGCUGGUCCCAUGUUCUAGGAGACGCUUUUUCAGCCUUCAGCUUCAUCACCAAGUGGAGUCAAAUACUGGCGGGUCACGCGCCGCCAAAAAUCCUUCCAAUGUCACCAACUCUCAAAGAAAUCCAAACCCCACACAAUAAUAAUUCGGUUAAUGCGAAUAAUGGGAAUCACUUUUCUGUCAAAACAGCCACAACCAUAGAAGAACUUUGGCUCGCUACAAACGGCAUAAAAAUGGUUACUCACACUUUCCACGUCACUGCCAAACAACUUAACCGUUUGGUGUCAUCCACGUUCUUUUCAUGUGACCAAAACAAAGCCACCAAAACCUCGUAUUUCGAGAUUCUUUCGGCGUUGGUGUGGAAACACAUUGCUGGCAUGAGGGAAGACACCGAGCCAAAGGUUGUAACAAUUUGCACACGUGGCAUGGCUAAUAUCGAAUUCCCCACCAAUGGUUUGGUGUUGAGCGUUGUUGAAGCCAACGUGGCAGUUGGACAAUCUGACGUGUCCGAUUUGGCGAAGCUGAUUGGCGAGGAAAAAAGGGUUGAGAAUGUUGUUGUGGAAAAGUUAGUGGAAGAGAGCCAAGGGAAAGGGGAUUUUGUGGUUUAUGGGGCGAAUUUGACGUUUGUGGAUUUGGAAGAAGGUGACAUGUACGAGGUUGUGCUGAAUGGACACAAACCGGUCGUGACGAAUUGCAGCAUCCAUGGAGUGGGUGAUCAAGGUGUUGUUUUGGUGCUUCCGGGACUUGAAGAUGAAGAAAAUGGGAGGAAUAUUGGAAGAAUGGUGACUGUUUCUUUGCCUGAAAAAGAAGUUGACCAGCUCAAAGAGAAGCUGAGAGGAGAAUGGGGUCCUGAGUCACUUCCAUUCUGAUAGUCCAAAGCGUAUCAACUCACUGUUUUCAUAAGUGCAAUUACGAGAAAAUUAAUAGCUAGUUAAGAUUGUGAGGCAUGCAAAAUGAUAAUAACAUUAUUGAUAAAAUGUUAUAAGUUGAUUUUGUAAAGUGUACUUUUAUCCCUUUAAAUAAAUUUUAUGGAGUGCAUGUUUGAUUUGAUGUUA